AUGUUGGCAUACGUUGAAAUUUCCAGGCCUUCUUAUUUCGAGUCGAAAUACUGUCUAAAAAAAAUAGACACGAUAGCUAUUGAUGGAUAUGAAAUGGAGAUAUUCGCCAUAGCAAACGGGCAAGUCCAGCCGUAUAUUCUGGACCCGAACUUCGAGGAUUACCUGCCUGUGAUCCCAUCGACGGUCGGCUACGUAAACUUUACGUGGAAAUCCGGGAGUCGCAAGUACUUUUAUCAUUUCGAGCUUCUAGAGUCUUCGGACGAGCGCAUACUUGAAUCCCCGAUCGUGUCUGUGGACAGGAAGGGCCGAGUGCCGAAGAAACCAAAGACGUUCUCUGUGUUGCUGCCGUGCUCGGGGAAUGCGACGGGCGUGGCGGGGUUCAGCAUUGGUCUCAAUAUUCAAACGCGGAAAGGAAAAGCGCUGCCAGGAACUCCUCUCAGACUGCGUUUGCGAAAAGAGUGCACAGAAAUGGCUCAAAUUAACACCGUGCUGGAACAUCGUUUCAUCCCAAUGAAUCGUUUCCCUAAAAAUAAGCUUUUAGAAUCAGAGAAAAAGACUGUUGGUUCAUUUGAAAAUUUUCCGACGGAAAUCCCUGAUCUCACGUUUCUGGGUCCAGACCCCGAGUGCGACAAGAAAUGCGCGAAUGGCGGAUGGUGCAACCACGAUAAAAUUUGCCAGUGCCCCGAGGGGUACAUGGGACAGUAUUGCACGACGGCGCUUUGUUACCCCCAGUGCAUGAACGGCGGCUCGUGCACGAAACCCGGCGUCUGCUCAUGUCCUCCGGGCUUCCACGGCAACCACUGCGAAGGAGGAAUUUGCCAGCAGAAGUGCUUGAACAACGGGAAAUGCAUACAGAAGGAUACUUGCCUAUGCCCCAAAGGCUUCUACGGAUCUCGUUGUGAAUUCAGUAAAUGUGUGAUUCCGUGCUUGAACGGCGGGCGUUGCCGCGGAGUGAACGUGUGCCGGUGCCCAUGGGGCUUCCGAGGCGCCCACUGCGAAAUCGACGUGCCGGCGGCGCACGCCCGCAAACAGCUGCGCCAGGCCGAGUGCCGCCGCCCGUGCCGCAACGGCUACUGCGUCGGCAACAACCGGUGCAAGUGCGAGCCUGGUUGGUACGGCAAACUCUGUCAGCGACGCAAUCCGACGGUGAGAAGCGCCCCGACUCCAGAACUCGGAGAACGGCCGCCGAAAAGAAAACGCGUCUGGGUUUGAGUAGGAGUUUCAAGACUGAGGGAGAAUUCAAAAAGAAGAAGAACCCACAGCUACGGAACUCCGACGUCACAAAUUUAUGACGCCAAGAAACUUCCUUCCGCUCGCAUUCCUCGGACCAGCAGCCACAGAAACGGGGGUGGGGGCGAAUCGUGAUUUUUUUUUUCGUUGCGAAAAAGCGUGCGUGAUUUUUCUUCCGUUUUCGAAACAUUCUUAUAGCCGUCCUGUAAUUUGUAUGAUGGAAGAAAAGAACAGCUAGGAAACGAAGUUUUCGCGAAGACCUUGGAGGGAAAAAAAAACUUUCAACAGAAAAUACAGACACUCCUUUGUUUUGCA